AUGGUCAGACAAUACCGUCCAGCUAAGCAAUUCCCAGCAACGAAGCGGUCCGACGGCGCCGAUGCGCAUAUCACUUCACUCGACUUUGACGACCAAGGCGAAUACAUGGUAGCUGCUGCGGACGAUGAGACCAUGACUAUCUUUGAUAUUAAAGAGGGCAAGUCAACGAAGAACAUUCCCAGCAAGAAAUAUGGCGUCCAUCUCGCGAAGUUCACCCACCAUUCGAGGCAGGUUCUAUUCGCCAGCACUAAGCAAGAGAACUCAUUACGACUGCUUGAGCUGCACAACGAGAGUUUCGUGCGCUACUUUACCGCCCACGAAGCCCAAGUCACCUGCGUUGCUCUGUCGCCAGCCAACGACCAGUUCCUAUCUUGCGGCAAUGAUGAUAUGGUCUGUCUAUGGGAUCUGAAUUCGAGGAGUCCUCAGGGAAAGCUCAAGUUGAUUACACCUUACCUUGCUGCUUUCGAUCCUGCCGCCCAGGUCAUGGCUAUUGCAUCCCAAUCCACGUCUUCGAUUCUGAUGUACGAUGUCCGGAACUUUGACAAGGCUCCUUUUGCAACCUUCUACAUGGACGAGCUGGAAGAUAGAUAUACACCAUCAACAAAAGGUCGGGCAUGGACGAAACUCGAAUUCUCAAAUGACGGGAAGAGUCUUUUGCUGGGAACAGACUAUCACGGUCAUUUCGUGCUCGACUCCUUCCAUGGAGCACUUAGGUCGUUCUUGGUCGGCAAAACGAACGGCACGGGGCGUGCAGCACCUGUCUCAACUUCUGGGAAGCCACUGGGUCAAGGUGACGCAUGCUUCACCCAAGACGGCCGAUUCGUGAUUGGAGGCACGGGUGAGGCUCCUGACCUACUUCUCUGGGACCUGCAGCAAGCGAAUGAUGGUGCACAAGAACCCACUGCAAAGCUGCCCAGUCAGGGCAUCAAGAGUGCGGUUGUUCAGACCAAUCCACGCUUCAACAUGAUGGCCACCGCGGAUACGAGAGUCUGUCUAUGGAGGCCACAGUCCCAAAUCAUGGGUGAGGUCUGA